AUUCACGUUUUUGUUGUUAUGGCAACAGUUUUGUUUAUCAACGCAUAACCUAUAAAAACAAGAAUUUUCACGAAAAUACCUUGUCCUAUUGAUUUAACAGAGCGUUUAAUCGAUAAUAAUUUUUUUUCGGGACUAACUACCGACUGAGGAAUCACAAUGGCAAAGCUAGAAGAUAAUCCUAAAGGUGUUUUAGAACAACAUAUUGCUAGUUUGCAAAGUGAAUCUAAAAUUGCCAGGAAACAUGCCUUAUUGAAGAUUAACGAGGAAGUUUUCGAAAAUCCGGCAAAUAAAGACUGUGAUCUGACGGUGGUCUUUCCAGAAAUAUACGCCUAUGUGCUUAAAAGCUUCUCCGACGCUUCCGAGGCCUGUAGAGAAGCUGCAGCCCUAAUCAUCUCUAAUUUCAUAGAACAACUGCCUCUUAAUGAUUAUUACCUCACCUAUAUUCUGCCAGUCAUCGUCCGUCGCAUAGGUUGUCCGGAAAUCGUUGAGGAAUCCGAGGAAAUAAGAUUAGUCCUGAUAGAGCUGGUUCACAAGAUACUAGAGAAAUACAAAGUUACUCAUUUGCUCAGUCCUUUUAUCAAUGAGUUGACUAGUAUCCUGACGAAAACGGCUGCUGAUCCAUACCCCAAGGUGAAGCUGGAGGCUUGUGAAUGUAUUAUUCUGGUGACAAAAGUCUUGCAAAGAGACUUCCACUUCCAGAGCGAGAGUUAUGUGAAGCCAUUACUAUCCAAUUUUGCUCACCAACAUUUUAGGGUUCGAGUUGCAUCCAUUAAAGCCAUUGGUGCAGUAGUAAUGGCGGGUAAUGUGAAAUGCUUUGAGCUGUCAAUCACCCCGAUGGCAGAGAAGCUGUUCGAUGAGAACACACAGGUCCGUCUGCAAGUCACCCUGGAGGUGGGCAACUGGAUGCUGAGCUUCAGAGACCGAUACUCAUUCUGGCAUCGGAUGAUACCAUUGUUAUUGACCAGCCUCAGUGAUGUAAUGGCUGACAUCAGAGAGACAGCUUCUAAGCUCUGGAAUGAUAUAGGCCUUCAGUAUUUGGAGGAGAAUGAAGAAGACCUGAAGAAGAAGACAGAUUUUCUGACAGAUGUACCUUCCUACUAUCCUGAUGUAAAGCGCCCAAACUUUGGCUGCAGGACUCUGGUGCAACAGAACAUCGGGAAAAUUGUACCAGCAAUAGGGAAGGAAAUGGACGGCUGGCAGGCGGACUGCCGCUUGCGCGUGGCCCAGCUGCUGUGCUGGCUGGUGCUGGGCGCGGAGGAGGGCGGCACGCAGCACGCGCCCGCCGUCGUCAGGAUACUGCAGAGAGGGGCUGGAGACGACGACGAGAGAGUUGUUGUUGAGAUAAAACGCGCAGCAGAGCUAUUUGGCUACUUCAUAACCCCGGACACGUGGUGGCCGCUCCUGGAGGCCGACAUGGACUCCUGGAGUACCCUUCUCGUACUGAGUGAGGUGCUGAAAGGGUCGCAGAGGAACCUUGUCGCAGGAAAGGUGUUGGACGAGAUGUGCGGGAUGCUGGCGCAGCCCGACUAUUGCAGGACUAGGAAGCCCAAAUACCAAACCAACCUCAUGCGCGUAGCCGACGCAAGUCUGACCCUGUGCGACUCUGACUGCGGCGCGGUGGCCGACCAGCUGUUCACCGCCUGCUUCACCGUCUACGCCAUGCCGCAUGACAACAAGAUACAGUUCAUGGCUUUGUCGAACCUCGACAAGCUCCGCUCCAUCGAGCGGCUCGGCCCGACGCUCCCGUACCUGUAUGACAAGCACAUACCGCGCGUACUGAGCGCCAUCACUAGUGACGCACUCACGUGGGACCUGAUGACCCCGGACCGGUGUCUGUUGGAGACUGUGCUGGUUUAUUCUGACUGGGCUCUCGGGCCCCAGCUCCACCUCAUAGCGCCGCUGCUCAAGGAGUGCCUGGCGACGCCCAAGGUGGACCCCGAGGUCAAGCUGAAGAUGUUCACCACGCUGUCCACGGUGCUGCUGAAGAGACAGCACAACUUCCGUAAAGCUGAGAGGGAGAAACUGGAGGCGUUUUUGAAGAUUGUUAUUGAAGAUAAGAAUAGACAUACUUUCUUACCAACAGAGGUGAUAGUCCCGAACCUAGUCUGGUCGCCGGGGCGUACCGCCGAGGCGAUCCGCACGGCGGCCGUGGCCUGCCUGUGCUCCGCUCUGCAGGAGCACCCGCAGAGUGACGCGGAGCUCGAUGAGACCAAGAAGGGAGAGGGGGAUAGUGGUGAUGAGAUAGUAAACCUGUUCCCGACCAAAGAGUCCCUAGAGCCAUUCCUGGAUCAAAUAGUCCCUCUACUAGUGGGUCUGGUGGAGGACAACUCAGCCCUGACGCGGCAACACUCGCUGCGAGCCGUCUGCUACCUCACCACGGUGGCGAAGGAAACCGACUGCUUUACUGCGGAGAUGUUGCAUAAGUUGUAUUUUGUGGUUCUCAAACGUUUGGAUGACAGCAACGACAAGGUCCGUUCAUUUGCUGUUCAAACGCUUCGCAAACUGUUCACUAACCGACCUCGGCCGUACGAUACGAUAUUGUAUGGCGCGCAUAUCGACGCUAUGUACAGCGCAAUGCUAGUACACUUGGACGAUAAUGACGAGGCGUUUAGAAAGGAAAUGCUUGAUGCACUUUUAACACUGAGCGACGUCGAGCCAAAAUUGCUGGAAAAGAAGGUGAACGCCAACGUUCACCUCUACAGGAACAAAGCUGCUUAUGAGCGGCUCUCUAGUCAUAUCGACAAGUUAAAAAUAUAAGUUUAUUUUGUUACUUAAAAUAGUUUAGUUAUAAACAAAGAAUUUCACCAUGAAGUGCCUUUUGGCUUUAUCUUAUUUAAUUAAUAACAAUAAU